AUGUCCAUUCAAACCAGUGAUCCCAAUGAAGCUUCAGAAUCUUUAAAAACCCUCUCUUUAAUUGCUGCACAUUCACAUAUUACAGGUCUUGGGUUAGAUGAGAAUCUACAACCUCGUCCAACUUCCGAUGGUAUGGUAGGCCAAUUACAAGCUCGUAGGGCUGCAGGCAUAAUAUUGAAGAUGGUCCAAAAUGGAAGUAUUGCUGGUAGAGCAGUUUUAGUAGCAGGUCCACCUUCUACCGGUAAGACUGCUUUAGCAAUGGGUGUAUCUCAAUCAUUAGGUAAAGAUGUUCCAUUUACUACAAUUGCUGGUUCUGAAAUUUUUUCAUUAGAAUUGAGUAAAACUGAAGCUUUGACACAAGCUUUCAGAAAAUCUAUUGGUAUUAAAAUUAAAGAAGAAACCGAAUUGAUUGAAGGUGAAGUUGUAGAGAUUCAAAUAGAUAGAUCUAUUACCGGUGGUCAUAAACAAGGUAAAUUAACAAUUAAGACAACUGAUAUGGAAACCAUUUAUGAAUUGGGUAAUAAGAUGAUUGAUGGAUUAACAAAAGAAAAAGUUUUGGCAGGUGAUAUCAUUUCCAUUGAUAAAGCUAGUGGUAAGAUCACAAAGUUGGGUAGAUCAUUUUCCAGAUCUAGAGAUUACGAUGCCAUGGGUGCUGAUACCAAAUUUGUUCAAUGUCCAGAAGGUGAAUUACAAAAGAGAAAGACAGUCGUGCAUACAGUAUCGUUACAUGAAAUUGAUGUCAUUAACUCAAGAACACAAGGAUUUUUAGCCUUAUUUACUGGUGACACUGGUGAAAUUAGAAGUGAAGUCCGUGAUCAAAUUAAUACAAAAGUGGCCGAAUGGAAGGAGGAAGGUAAAGCAGAAAUUGUUCCAGGUGUGCUAUUUAUCGAUGAAGUUCACAUGUUAGAUAUUGAAUGCUUCUCAUUUAUUAACCGUGCCUUGGAAGAUGAAUUUGCUCCAAUUGUUAUGAUGGCUACUAAUAGAGGUAUUUCAAAGACAAGAGGUACGAAUUAUAAAUCUCCACAUGGGUUACCCUUAGAUCUGUUAGAUAGAACAAUCAUCAUCACCACCAGCAGUUAUAAUGAACAAGAAAUUAAAUUAAUUUUAUCAAUUAGAGCACAAGAAGAAGAAGUAGAAAUUAGUCCAGAUGGGUUAGAUUUAUUAACUAAGAUUGGUAUUGAAAGCAGCUUACGUUAUAGUAGUAAUUUAAUAUCAGUGUCACAACAGAUUGCUUUGAAAAGAAAAAGUAAUAUAGUCGAAGUAGCUGAUAUCAAGAGAGCCUAUUUAUUAUUUUUAGAUAGUGCUCGUAGUGUAAAAUACGUUCAAGAAAAUGAAGCUCAAUACAUUGAUGAUAGUGGGAAUGUUAAUAUAUCUACUAAACCAUUGACCACUACUGAAGGUGGUGAUGCAAUGGAUAUUUCGGAAUAA